AUGAGAAACGGAAACUAGAGCGCGUCAGCGGAAGUGAGGCUCGGCCGUUGUAGCUGAUAGACUUCAUUGUCAGUAGCGGUAGUGGACUGAUUUCCGUGACUGCAAAAUGCCGGACUUAGCGGUAGAAAAUGUUGUUGUCCAUCCCUUGGUCUUGCUCAGCGUGGUGGACCACUUCAACAGAAUAGGGAAGGUUGGCAAUCAGAAGCGAGUGGUUGGAGUUCUGCUUGGAUCCUGGCAUAAGAAGAUUCUUGAUGUGUCAAACAGUUUUGCAGUUCCAUUUGACGAGGAUGACAAGGAUGAUUCUGUCUGGUUCUUGGACCAUGACUACUUGGAGAACAUGUAUGGCAUGUUUAAAAAAGUGAAUGCCCGAGAAAGAAUAGUUGGAUGGUACCAUACUGGGCCGAAGCUCCAUAAGAAUGACAUUGCCAUAAAUGAACUCGUCAAGCAGUACUGCACAAACUCGGUAUUGGUGAUCAUCGAUGUGAAGCCAAAAGACCUGGGGCUUCCCACGGAGGCCUACAUCUCUGUGGAAGAGAUCCAUGAUGACGGGACCCCAACAUCCAAGACGUUCGAGCACGUCACGAGCGAGAUCGGAGCUGAGGAGGCGGAGGAGGUGGGCGUCGAGCACCUGCUCAGGGACAUCAAGGACACCACUGUGGGCACUCUGUCCCAGCGCAUCACCAACCAGGUGCAUGGCCUGAAGGGACUGAACUCCAAGCUGCUGGACAUCCGGUCUUACCUGGAGAGAGUGGUGGCUGGAAAGCUGCCCAUCAACCAUCCCAUCAUCUACCACCUACAAGACGUCUUCAACCUCCUUCCAGACGUUAACCUGCUGGAGUUCACCAAGGCCUUCUACCUGAAGACCAACGACCAGAUGCUGGUGGUCUACCUGGCCUCCCUCAUCCGCUCGGUGGUGGCUCUGCACAACCUGAUCAACAACAAGAUCUCCAACCGCGACGCCGAGAGGAAGGAGGGCCAGGAGAAGGAGGAGGGCAAGAAGGAGAAGAAGGACGACAAGGAGAAGAAGGACGACAAGGAGAAGAAGGACGACAAGGAGAAGGGGGACACCACCAGCAAAGACGACAAGAGGAAAAAAUGAUUGGUUUGUCGUUUUCUAUGGCCGCAUCUCAAACCGUCCGCUCUCCUCGUGCACGGUGCUCUACUCCGCUUCCUGGGCCGUGUCUGCGUCUGUACAUGUGGCUCUGGAAAUAGAAGUAGCACUCUAUAUGAGGAACGGUGUCAUUUGAGAUUCUGCCUCGAGGUCACGAACUGCGCUCACAGGACUGUUAUUGUGUGAAGAAGAUGGGCUGCGAGGGUCUGGUGUCUUUUGCUAUGGAAUCACGUCCAUUCGGUUUUCAUAGUCGGCUCUCGCUGAUGUAAAGCACCUCUUUUUUGUUUUUGUUUUUGUAAGAUGGCUUUUUUUUUUCUUCUCUGUAUCGCUAAAUAAAUCCAACCUAUUAAAGUUUUUUGUUUCCAGUUACAA